AUUCCUUCACCCCAAACACUCUCUCUCUCUCUCUCUCUCAAAUUCCAUCAGCAGCAGAUCGAGAUCGAAGACUCUCUCUCCCCCUCUCUCUCUCUCUCUCUCUCUCUCCAUGAAGGCGGAAAAAUUCCGAGAUCGCUAAUUUCUCCGCCAAUCUCAUCAGUAGGGGAAGGUCAUGUACGAAUGACAGCUAGAUCUUACUUACCUGAAUUUCAACGAAUGCAUUGGAUUCUCCAACGAGCGGGUAUGGGAAAGUACAACGGAUGCAGAAAGUCAGGGACAAUUGUUGUGGCUAGGGAUGCGUCCGUGAAUGCUUACCGUUUUGCUCUUCUGCUAUCGCCCGUAGUCUCUGUUUGGGAUUGCAUUGUUCGAAAGAUGAGGUAUUCCCUCAGACCUGAGUUUGUGUAGGGAUCACUGUGAUAGGUUCAUGUUAUUAGUUGUUUUUCCUUUUUAAAUAUUUGGAAAGUAGACAUAGUGAAGAAGUUGAGAUUUGAAUUAAAGGAAAAGGGUAGUUCAGGAUGUUAAAGAAUCUGAGGGAAGAAGCUUGAUUAGAGGCAACAUUUUAUUAGUCCUUAAAAAAAAAAAGUAUUAAGAGCUUGGGAAAUAUAAAAGAAUUUAGGUUUUGGAUUGUUAAGGAAAUUUGUGAUUCUGGAAAUUGAAGAAUUUGCGUGAAGGAGAUUGAUUAGAGAGGUAACCUUAUAUUAGGCCUUUUUCAAAGUAUUCAGAUGCUAGAAUUUUAUAGAAAGUUAAGAUCUUAAUCAUAAACAAAUGGUCAAUUCCGAAAAGUGAAGGAUUUGAGAAAAAAGGGAUCAGUCAGAAAAUUUGGGUUCCAUGGAUAAUAACAUUGGAUGUGUUCAAGCACCACCACUGGCUCCGGUCAUGAGGAAAGAGAAGAAGAAGCAGGCCAAAGAUGAGCUGGAUCGCAUCAAACAGGCUGAAAAGAAGAAGCGGCGCCUUGAGAAAGCACUCGCAACUUCUGCUGCCAUUAUAUCCGAGCUCGAAAAGAAGAAACAGAAGAAGAAAGAAGAACAGCAGCGGCUUGAUGAAGAAGGGGCUGCAAUCGCGGAGGCAGUUGCCCUCCGUGUCCUCCACGAAGACGCAGACGAUUCAUGUGAGAUCAUGUUGAACAAGAAUGAAGCCAGCAAUGCCGGUGUUUUUAUGGGAGGAUGGAAGGCAGGCCGGCCAUAUCAGAGCUUUUCCAAGUAUUCUGUCGAAGGGUUGCAAUGGGUUUCUGAUGCUUAUGGGUCCGAGUGCAAGUGGAACGAUUGGGGGAUCAGCCGGUCGCUGUCUCCGGGGAUGUACUUUGAAGAGAAAGGCCGAGGGGCUGAAAUAUCAGCUGGCCUUAUAGCAGCACAGGCUGUUUCGUCACUUCAGAUUGGGGAAGAUGCACGUGCUGCUGCGUUUACCAAUGAGGGGAUGGCAACGAUUUUCAUGAAUGGAAUGUUGGAUAGUAGUGGUUUGGUAAACAAAGUCAAUCUCCGUAAGAAGGUUUGACCAUACUUCCUAAUAAGAGUUCUUCAUUCGUAGCUAAUAGGACGCUUCCCUGUAAGCCAGGACCAUGUUUUGGUGAUCAAGACUUGUUGAUCUGAUGGGCAUCAUUGUGGAUGGAUUAUGCACCAAUUUCUCCCAGAUUGGAAGAUUCUAGCCACAUGAACUUUGUUGGCCUUUUUCCCACUGAAUGGGGACCAAUGUUGCAUUUAUUUCUUAGCAGUCCUUUUGCAGGCCACAUCAAUUGAAAUGUCAGGAUAGUCCCGUUGGAGUGAUUUUUGGUCCAUGGUGCAUCCACAGUGGAACUGAUCAAAUCAACAGUCUGGAUCUCCGAACCAGAGCUCCCUUUGUAAGGGCCCUGACCAAACAGGGAAGUUCCCUAUUUUUUACGAACGGAGAACUCAACCUCUAAACUUGUAUGUAUAUAGGUAUCGCUGUGUGCGCUUCAUUCGGUGGAGAACUUUCUUCCUUAAUAUUAAGCUUGUUGCCGUGUCGAGUUCUUGGAUGCUUCUGUCCUUAUCGUUUGUUAGAAAAAGCUUGCUACCUUUAUGUAGAUCGAAUCUCAUAAUCCUAUGGGUGAACCAUAUAUUGUAAUGUUACUUUUUAUUGUUAUGAUAAAAUCAUGUCUUCUUGGUGCUUUAUGAA